AUGUCGGGCUCGCGCUGCCAGACGCUGUACCCCUUCUCCGGGGAGCGGCACCGGCAGGGGCUCCGCUUCGCCGCGGGGGAGCUGAUCACGGUGCUGCAGGUGCCGGACGGCGGCUGGUGGGAAGGGCAGAAGGAGGACGGGCUGCGCGGCUGGUUCCCGGCCAGCUACGUGCAGCUCCUGGAGAAACCCAGAAAGGCAACUCCUCAGACAGGAGAAGAUACCUUGAACGGCCAUCUUCCCCCCGGCUGGCAGAGCUAUAUGUCUCCCCAGGGCCGAAGGUACUAUGUGAACACCUUCACGAAUGAAACGACCUGGGAGCGGCCAAGCAGCGUGCCUGGGACUCCAAAGAGCCCUGUGUCACAGAAGAGGUCACAGCCUCCUUCGGUGAAUGGCUACCACAUCUCUGGGACUCCGGUACACCAGCUCGACUCUGGUCAUAUGAGUCUCCGAAAAGCCAGUGGGGACCCCCAGGCCCCGGGGUCCCCGGCGGCGCCGCGGCGGCAGAGCAAGGAGAGCAGCCUGACGAUAAACUGUGUGACUUUCCCCCACCCUGACGUAAUGCCAGAGCAGCAGUUGCUGAAACCUUCGGAGUGGAGCUACUGUGAUUAUUUCUGGGCUGAUAAGAAGGAUUCACAAGGGAACAAUACAGUGUCGGGAUUUGAAAUUCUUCUUCAAAAGCAACUUAAAGGGAAACAAAUGCAGAAAGAAAUGGCAGAGUUUGUUCGAGAAAGGAUAAAGAUUGAGGAGGAAUAUGCUAAGAACCUGUCCAAACUGUCUCAGAAUUCCUUGGCUGCUCAGGAAGAAGGCACACUAGGAGAGGCUUGGGCUCAGCUAAAGAAGAGUCUAGCUGAUGAAGCAGAGGUUCAUCUCAAAUUUUCUUCUAAGCUUCAGAGCGAGGUAGAGAAACCCCUGCUCAACUUCAGAGAGAACUUUAAGAAAGACAUGAAGAAGUGUGACCACCAUAUUGCAGACUUACGGAAGCACCUGGCCAGCCGCUACGCAGCAGUUGAAAAGGCCCGGAAAGCCUUGACAGAGAGACAGAAGGAUCUGGAAAUGAAAACGCAGCAGCUAGAGGUGAAGCUCAGCAACAAGACAGAAGAGGAAAUUAAGAAGGCGAGACGGAAGUCCACUCAGGCGGGAGAUGACCUAAUGCGCUGCGUGGAUCUUUACAAUCAAGCCCAGUCCAAGUGGUUUGAGGAAAUGGUGACCACCACUCUGGAGCUUGAGAGACUAGAAGUUGAAAGGGUGGAGAUGAUUCGGCAGCAUCUUUGCCAGUAUACACAGCUGCGGCAUGAGACAGACAUGUUCAACCAAAGUACAGUAGAGCUCGUGGAUCAGUUGCUUCGGAAAGUGGAUCCUGCCAAAGACAGGGAACUGUGGGUAAAAGAACACAAAACUGGAGAUAUCCGACCUGUGGACAUGGAAAUAUAGACGGAUCUAUAGUUGUAUGUGAUGAGUCCACUGAAUUAACCAGGCUAAUGUUUGUUUUUUAAGGGUCAGAAGAGCAUAGGGAAAAGGUUGUUCCACUACCAGACACCUUGUAAUUUAUGCCUGUAUGGGCUAUCUCUGUUACAUUUAGUCAUUAAAAUGGUCCUCAUUGUGCUAAGCCUUAAGCACCAGACAUUCCAGGGUGAAGAAACCAGAUGUGUGCUUCCCACCAGAGGUUCCCAAUUGCACGCAGCUUCCCGAAGAAAUCUGCUUUCUGGUACAGAGAGAGCUCUGUUCUUCAGUGACUUUGUGCUACAUCCCUUGCAUGACUAUCUUUAUACAGUAUGUUAGAACAACCAUGCAGUGAGCCUCUGGCCAGCAAGUAGAUGACUGUUUGAACAUGAUGCAGGAGGCAAGGAAGUCCUGAUCAUGAAUCCCAGGUCUGUCACUGACUGCUUUCAUGGCCAUAGGCAAGUCAAUUAACUUUUCUGGCUCCCCCAUCUAUAAAACACACAUAUCUCACAGCAAUGUUGUGCGAAUACAUUUAUUUCAUAACACAGUUUCCCACCGUGGCAGUGAAGUGAUGGCCCUUCUCCCAAAAUCUAUGGAGAAGAUUCCCGUUCUUCCUGUUUUAUACUCCCUCUCAGGGAUACAUAAACCCAUUAUCAUCAUGAUUUCUGUUCUAGGCCAAUCAAUAAGGUUGAAAGUGUUACCAUCACUGUUAUUUAUCAGGAAGGACUUGGUUGUGCUAUACCUACCUCAUUAGCUGUCUGAGUGCCCUCAAUGACAGAAAGAGGUUAUAUACCAAGGAACAAAUGAGAUGUUCAAAACCUUUCCUGCUUAUGCAAGAUGUUUUCUCACAGAAUCUCCUUAAAGACAGUCCUCUAACAUUUUAUUUGAGAUCCAGGUUUAAAUUGCCCUUUGUUGGUUCCUUCAGGUGAAUAUCACAGCCUUUAUAUAUCUUUAAUUGCCAAGAUUGUCCAGCUAAAUUGUGGAAUUUAUCUUUUUAGAGCCUGAUUUUCAAAGGUGCCAUGAAUCUGUCAUGCUAGGUUGCAUUAAAUGUAGAUGUAGGUGCCCAGCACUUCUGCACCAUCAGAUGUUUUUCCUUUGUUACCCUUACUGCAAACUAUCAAGAAUUCAACACUGCUCUUGGCACAUAGUGUUAUGUAGUUUGGAGACUGGUUUUGAAAAGGUAUUAAUUUUCUUCUCCUGCUGUUAUUUCUGAUUGAUUAUUCAGUGUUGCUGUUAAUAUAUUUUUCAGCAUUUCAUACAAUGCUAAGAUUCUUAAGAUUCUUGCUUUAGAUCCAGCUGAAACCUUGAUUCUCACCACUGUGGCCUUUACGCCAGUGUUUACUGUGUUGUUACCUACAACUUCCCAAACCGUACUAUUUCAUUUGAUCCACAGUUAUGCUCCACUUUAUCUCAUUGUUGCCAUCCUUUUUUCCCCAGCACCAAAAUUGCAUCCUUCUUUUGUCUACUACUAUUCUAGGUUUUUGUUCACCAGCCUCAAAGUGCUGUGAUUAGAUCAUUGAGAAUUAAUAUUCCACUUUACAAAUACAAACUGAGACACAGAGAAGUCUUAUCUGAAACACAUUUUUAAUAUUGCUGCAGUGAUUAUUUUUCUGGUUUGUUAUUUCAAACUAAAUUUUCUUGCAUUUUCCUAUUGUUCCAUUUUUCUCAACCAUCUCUUUACCAGUAUAGAUUUGUUCCUGUCUUACAAAUGCCUCCACAACCACUUCUCUGCUGUGUUAUUAACCUUUAUAAACCUUUGCAUGUUGGCAGGUGCAAUGCCAUGACCACUGCAUGCUCAGGAUCACUGUUUCUGGUGUGACACCUCCCGUACUGCACUUCAAUUACUUCUGAAUUUGCAACUACUAUUUUAUUCUUGGUGUUGGAAGCAUCAAGCACACUGUUAUGUGAGUCUCUCUUACAUUCCUGCAAAGACCAUUGCAAUACAAAGGAAACAUGGUUUGCCUGAGCGUCGCAUAGUCCUUGAGCUCAGAGUACAUGCGCUUCACUGGACUCCUCUUCUGCUGCUCGAGCAGGGAAGUUUCGUGAUGAUCUCUCUUUUUCAGUCUUCCUAUUGAUUCACUCUCUGUCCUAUUAAUUUUUUUUGCAUACCAAUGUAUACUUUUCCUAUCUCUACCAUGUACUUUGGAGGACAGGCACUUUUUCUUUUUUUUUUAAUAACCACAGGUGCAGGAUGAGCUUUCAAAACUUCAAUGGCCAAAAAUAACUGGAGUACUUAAGAGCUGCAUCUCAGGGUGACCCCUGUAUUGUAAGCUGUAUUGUAAAUUAAAUUGAGCAAUCUUGAUGACACCUCACCACAUUCUUGUUUUGAUUGCAAAACCAAGCUAGUUGUGCACUUUAUACAGUAUUCUCUGUAAUAAAUAUCUGAAAUAAUCUGUUAUCAAUUACACUUUAUUUUUCCUCUUUCUUUAAAGAUGUUUGUUAUUUUAUCUAUUUUGGACUGGAAAUACUGUCCAUUAGCACAGGUUUCUCUGAGGACUGAAAUGUAUUUUGGUUCCUCUACUAAGGUGUAUUUAAGCUGCUCUCAAAUCUCAGUUGUAUUUUCUGGUAAAAUUUUUUUCCCUUUUGUUUUAUUUCCAGACAGUUUUCCUACUUCUAGUUUUUGGUCCAUUUGAAAUUUUGCAGGAAUGUGUGAGCUGCACAGAACAAUAAUUCUCUUGAUGGAGUCUGUAUCUCUUUUUCACUUCGAUAAUCUGAGGAGAGCACUUGUACCUGGCUGCUAAUCUUUACCAGGCCGAGCAAACUCUUGCACGGUGCUGCUCUGCAAUGGGUGAGAUGCUUCCUCUACAGCAAGACUUUAAUCUGUGAUCGGUGGAAGUGUUAGGGAAGUUUUGCUGUUGCUUGUAGACAGUUUCCAGCUUAUUUCCUGCAAAAGAUGAUAUUCCCUUGUGAUACAACACUGUGGACAGUGGGAUCAGUGUUACCUGGCUCAUUCACUUCUCUGGCUGAUGGAUCCUGGAUGGUGUGAUGCCUUACAAGUCAGGGAGUGCUGGAGCCCCUGUGCUUCUGAACGGACAGCAUCUUCAAAGACGGUAGUGGCGUGUUUGAAGGGAAGCAUGGACGCCUGCCCUCGUGUUCGUUCCUAACAAGGUAACUUCAGGAGUUUCAGCAUUGCUCUAUUUAUCUUCCAUUGAGUUGCAAAAAUGCAGUUGAACCCAGUCUUUCUUCAGGCCAUAGCUCAUCCUAAACAGUUUCUUCUCCAGAGCAAGAUCAAGCUUUGUGUUACAUUAAAAUAGCUAGCAUGUGAAAAGCAUGAUGAUGUUGCAAUGUAACUGAUUAAGAGGAAUAGCAAUGUAAGUCUCUUCCCUCCAUAGGUACUGAGCUUAAGGGUCAUCUGAUUUAAUCUGGCAGGUGGGCUCACACACUUGAUGCAAGUUUUUACUGUGCUCGUCACUACAGGUAUCAGUCUUUUUUUGUUGAGUGGCAAGGCUGUCCUACAUCUUCAUAUGGCUCUGUGGUCACAGAGCAGAAGGUGAGCUUUCGAUUAGUACUGUUUGCUUUCACCUGAAGAGGUACAAUUAGUGGGAAUUUGCCUCUGGUUCUUAUCUGGUAGCUUUGCUUGCCCAGGUCUUUGUUGAAGCUGCCUGUGUUUCGGGAGUCCUGCCGCUGCUGCGGAGCUCCCUCUUUGUCUAAGCGAUGCUGUCACAUACUUGUCUCGUGUUGUCAAGCCUCUAGCUGCCUGGCGAUCUCUGCUUCAGCCAGAGCCUUUUGGCCCCUGUCUGAGCUCAAGGGCUUCAUGAAUUCCUGUGGCUUUGAAUCCGUUGGGUGUCCUGACUCUGGUGCCAGAGCUGGUGAGGUGCUUACCAGCUGUAACAUCAGCUACCGUACAGAAUGAGAACAUUUUAUUCAUCAUGCAUACCAGCCCACCUAUGUCUUCAAAGCCAUCUUCUGGCACAGUUUACUCAAUAGAGAGUCCUUGUUGGAAGUCUUUCUCUAAGGUAUUCUUUCAGCUUAUUUCCUAACAGAACUCAUUCUGGAUCCAGUGCUGUUGGCUGAUUCCUGUUGGAGUUAAUGAGCUGAAAGUGAUGAGUCCUUUACCAUGUGGGCCAAGUGCACUCUUCUCCCAUCACUGGCAAGAUUCCAGUUGCUUUCAUAGAGCAACAUCCAAAAAGGCCUAAUUCUCAGAUUUCCAAUCUGCUCCAGAUUCACUCAUGUCUGUAACUUACAUUUGUUCAUCACUUCUAUGUGUUUAACAUCUUUUGAAAGACUUCAGUUGUUCCCUUAUAGGAAUGUUAUUUCAUUAUUUGACACUGGGAUCUUUAGAGAUAGUUGUAAUUGUUUUUUAAAUGUUAAAAUAUUGUAACAGCAGUGAAAGUCAUAUGGAAAUCCCUGUUAUGUUUCUAUUUUUCCCCCUCUGCAGCCCUGCCUGAGCUGCUGUGGGGUACCUGUGCUCCCCCUCGUGUUGCACAGUUAGAGUAAACACUGAAAUCGUUCUUCCUUUCGUGCAUAACAGGCAGCGUGCAAACUUGUGCUCUGGUUCUCUUUACCCCUUAUGCAUCUGUGCAGUUUCAUGUUGCAGAAUUCGUGUCUUUUUGUUUAACUGACAGCCCCAUGCUGUAAUGUCAGUGUGUGUAUUUUUUUGGUGUUUUUUGUUUGUUUGUUUGUUUGUUUCUAAUAGGAAUUUUCUGUAAAGCACUCACAGGAAACUUUUACAUGCUCAGUAGCGUAAUUUCUCAGACCUUCUCAGAACCUCUUUAAAUUUGUCCCUGUUUUUAAUGUCAUUAUUUAAAUAUUUGCUGCAAGUUAGACUCUUUAUGUAGAAAUGUGCACUCUUCUUUUCACCUGCUCUUUGGAAGUGCUCGGCACUCGGAGAUUUCUUGGAACACAACAGGAAGCAUGUAGGUGAUAAGAGACUUUGAAAAUCAGGCUAAUAGAAAUGCACAAGCCUCUUUUUUCCUUAGUCGUUGAGUACAUGUGUAAGGUAAACAUUAAGAAAUGAGAACCUCAAAUACUUAAUGUGUAAGACCUAGCUGCUGUAUGUGCAGUUCCCAGCAGCUCCACGAGUGACCCUGUGUCAGGCUCUGGUAGGAGUGCAGCUCUAGAGCACAGGCCUACAGCUCACCUUCUGAAGCAGCUGUAGAAACCCAAAUCCAAAAUUAAGUGAAAAAGUAGCUCUGCCCAUCUAUUUCUUCAGUCACACACAGGGAGAAAAAGAGCACUGCUUACCCAGGUGGGUCCUUCGCUAUCAAGCACCUUAAGAAAUCAGACCAGCACCUUGAAGGUCCCCCUGGAAUGAGUAGAUGUGACUUCUUGGUGUGAUCAAUUGUUUCCUUCUAAAUUGAAAACAUAUUUGCUAUUUUAUAGUAGCUAGUGUGCUCUUCUGCACUAGUGCAGCCUGCUGGGUCUGUUCCCAGAGAUGACAGUCACAGUCUGGUGUCCUGGAGACAGUCCUGGUCACCCUUACAUUUCCUCUUUGGGAGAACUAGGUCUUCGAAAGACAGUGUCAAAAAGGCAUUUUUCAAAAUAAUGAGCCUUCCUGGUCACAGACCUUUCUGGAAAGUCUGUAAGCUUUUUGCUACCCAGCAUGUGUUGAAAUAGGAGAAUGAGGUCCCAGAGGUUGCCGAAGCGUUGCUGUGAAUGGUUUUUGCUGCGUGGGCAUUCCUCCUGUACUCGUGCAGUGGUAGGGAACGGCUGACGGGCGUCCUUCUUUGCACAGCAGAGGUGUCUUGGCAUUUUACCAGAGGAGCCUGCUGGUCCCAUUUAAGUUAACCAGGUGGGCAAUAGUCACAGGCAGAUUCAAAUUAAAAACAGACACAUAGGGCAGGAAAAUAUUUAGCUGCCCCAGUGGCAUCUGAGCCUCUCAACAUGAGGCACUCGUCUCCCUCAGACCCUGACGGGUCCAGUAACAGGCUCAUCACUCUUCAAAUUCUGCAUAGCACGUGAAAGUCAGUGAUGAAACAUUCCUUUGUAUCUAUUGCUUGAUACAGGGCUCUCCAACUAGCACCUGGUUGUGCCAGUGGGAGACCGGUAUGUGGCAACGCCACACUGGUGACUACAGAAUGGUUUUUGGCACUUGGCAGCGCUGUGACGUCCUGCGCCCUUGCACUGAACUGACAGUAAGUCAGGCGGAGACGUGUCAAGCCUGGCAUGCAGGUAUUCUCCAGGAGCUUGGAGCACACAGUCUUUCUGUUGCAUAAUGGUGAUGACGUCUUUCCCAUUAGCAAAUCCUUGUCUUUCCUGAGAGGCACUAUUGUAUAAAUAAUACUCAUUACUUUGUCUUAUAGUAGAUCUUAUUCAUAUAAAUGUGCAUCUUUCAAUUCUUAUUUUUUCCUCUUCAUUGUUACUGUAGCCAACCCUCCAUCACUGAGAUACACCAGUUUUCAGGAUCUUUUCUUUAAUUUUGAAUUUUCAUAGAACGUCUCUGUUGCUUUAAUGUGCUGACCAAACUUCAUGCUUUUGGAUAUUUUCUGACAGUGAUAAGUGCAUGCUUUUUGGUUUUUGUUUUGGAUUUUUCUUAUCAGCCACCAGGUUUUAAAGUGCAAUGACUCCUUUUUGUGCUAUUCAGAAUUUAUUUUUUCUUCCUGGGCAUUUUUUCUGAAGGGACCAACACAUAGCACAAUUUGACUUAAAUUUCUAAUCUCAUACGUUCCUCAAGGCAGAAACCUUUUGUGCCUAAUGAUGCAUCUGAUUCUAAGAAUUCUACAUAGAUAAAAUCUUUCAUAGAUCAAGAAAAAAUAAGUCUUAGGUUAACAGCAUAAUCAUUACAGAAAAAAUAUAUAAAUUUGAAAUAUUCAAAUUUAAUUCCCUCAACUUACAUUAAGUUGAACUAUUUCAGGUGCGUUGUAAGAGUCAAACUCAGUGGAUAUUCAGAACAAAAGCUUUUCAGCUGCUGUAUUCAGGUUCAGUGAGUGGACAAGACUAUAAUUUUGAAUAUAUGCAGUCUUUCAGGGCUCCUGAUUUAACAAGUAACUGAGUAAUGGCUUGUAUCCCAACCCUACUAAAAUUCUGCUAGUAGUUCCCCUUGAAGUGCCUCUUUAAAUUGUAUCUGCUACAAGCAUGUAAAAUACACAGAUUCACCCUACAAAUUUCCAAAACUCAGGAGCAGCCAGAAUGCACGGAUCUGUGCAGGAUUCUCAACCCUCCUUCCUUGCUCUGCACUGUGCACUCUUUUAGGACAUCCACAUAUCCAGUAGACCUGCCUUUGUCUCACUGAUCAUUUACUGUCCAGCACAGUCAUCCUAAAUUCUCAAUGCUGAAAAUGGAGUAGGAAAUGUUAGACUUAAAAGCAACGGCAUUGAAGGAGCAUUGCUAACCUCAUCUUCUGCCACAUCCUUCAGUAUAGAGGUCUCAGUAGAAUAAGCAGGGAAUUCUGCAUAAAAAUAGUUGAGUAAGUGGCGUUCGGGGCCUAAGUAGGCCUUUAUUGAGUAAAAUAAAAAAACCUGACUUUUUUUAAAGCAGUUGCUGAGAAGAAAUUUUCUGGUACUGGAAGUCUAAAGCUGAGUAGUGAUUUCGGGGAUCUCACAUCUGCAUGACAUGACAAUCUUAGUCAUUUGAAUUUGGGAACGCUUCACCUGAAAUCCUUUGUUCCUUUGGAGUUUUUUGAUGUGAUGGCUGAGAUUUUCAGAAUAGCCUAAGGAAUUUGGAUGUCCAUUUACGGCUCUUUUACUCCAGCAGGUCAAAAACACUUUAGGGACAGCAACCUCUAUCCAUUAUGAAAAAAGCAGGUACUAGUAUAUAGGACAAAUAUUUUCUUCUCCUCCUUAGAUGGUUUCCUUUCUUUUGGCAGCCCAAGACAGUGUGAAAAAUCCACCAGUUUUGCAGACAUUCUGACAGCAGGGAUUCAAUGGUGGGCCAGAUCACCAGUCAUACACUGAAACAGAGUUUUCUACUAAAAUAAAGUUGCUUAUUUGGUCCUUUUUGUGUAACUUUUGCUAAAUACUUCUAAAUCUAUAGGAAAGUUGUCUUUUGCCAGUACUAAUGACUUGUUUUUAAAGAUGUUUAACCAAAAUUUUAUAACUUUCCGUAAAUUUUGGCUGAAUAGACCCCUUAAAUAGUUUAUGUAUCAUGCAGCCUCUGUCUGGGUAACUAGUAAAUCUUGGAUCAUUGUGCAAAUUAUAGGAUGGCUUUUCUUCCAUAAGGAUACAUGAAGGAAUCACUUACUGAACUUAAGAAGCUGAAUGCAGAAAAGAUUUAAGGGGCAGAUCUUCAGCUCGGGUAAAAUGGCAGAGUUCGGUGGAAGCUACUUUAUGUCAGCUGUGGAUCUUGUCCUUCAGUGUUGAAGGCAUUUCCUAUACAUAAUUUUUCUGUCUUACUGUAAAACAAUUUCAUAUGGUUAAACUGUAUUUUCCUAUAUUGUUCUGCAAGUUUAUAUGCACCACAGUGCUCAUCUCAUCUCCUGUAAAAUAAACUGUACAGAGACACAUUGA